CGCAUGCGUGGAAUAAAGUGCCGCGGAGACGCUGCGCUUGUUCAAUCACGUACAUUAGAUGCUGUCGUUCCUCCACUGUCUCUCUGAGAUUCACUGUAGUACAAUCCAUACUGUCUACUGAUUCUUUGCUUUUCCUAAGACUAAAGACUUGUGCCAAGAUGCCUUCGUACAGAUUUCAUUCCUCAUUGCAUUCAAAUGAUGUUGUCGUGUCCUCGGACGGACGCGAAAUGACACGAGUAGCUAGUGGUAGUAGUGCUACCGUCGCGACACAAACCCAACCUGCCGCUGCCGCUGCCGCUCAAACUACGCCAUCAGCUCCUGCUCCAAAAACGCAUCGAGAUCUUGAAGAAACUGUGAAGAAAUUUGCUGAUGCAGUUUCUGAUAAAGGACGAGCGAUACAUGAGAUAUGGGCGUUGGUGUUCAACGUCCUUCAUCUCCUGCACAGCACUGGAGCAGAGAGAGUUAGAUGGUCACCACCUGGUUGGGGAACAGACACAUUCUCCUACACACUAGGAGUCACGAUGAUACUUGUUCUCUGCCAUUGUGGAGAACAUUUGAGUGAUGAAAUGAUGCAAGGUCUUGUCGACUUUAUUCUGGACGUCAAGUCAGUUGAUGUCAAUGAAGAAGAUAAGACCGACUACAACUGGACUCUCUUACACCAUUGUGUAUAUACAGGCAAUGCACGUUUAGCAAAACUGCUCAUCGAACGCUGCGCUUGCCUCAACGCACAGACCAGCGAGUCACGAUGGACUCCACUGCACAAUGCAGUCCUCAGUAACAAGAUCAAUGUUGUCAAGGUGAUACUGUCACAUGCCAGUGACGGUGUCACCUUGGAUACCACACUGCGUUCCCGUAGUGGUUACACAGCAUUGGACAUAGCAAAGUACUUUGGUCAUGAUGAAUGUGUGCAGCUUCUCACACAGUAUGAAGCUGACAAGGUAAUCUAUGGCCAGGCAAAGAAGAAAAAGCUAAACACACGUUCCAACUGACUCUGUUGCCAUGCCGACUCAGAAAGUUGAAACGUAGCCAGAUGAGGACCCUAAUUUACACGAAACCCGUGACCUGAUUUUACAUGUAUGAACACGUCGCCAUUUUCUACCGUGUGUAGUCAAUUCUACGGCGUGUUGUCAAUUCUACCGCGUGUAGUCAAUUCUACCGUAUGUGUAUAAUAAUUAAACUGUACAUUCUUGGUAAAUUGCUGGACGUAGGCAGUAAACUUACCAGCUGAUUGAUUUUUUUCUUAUAUUACACAUUGUCUGCUGAAUACAUUACAUACAUUAUAUUUUCCAUACUUUUUACCGCUAAAUUUCAUGAAUAAUUCUGAUUAUUGCUCUCGCCUGGUGUAUAAACUGCAUACAAGUGGCUAAUUGGUGUUCUAUGCCUGUUUACAAUGUGAUGUAAGUCCAUUUUUUCAUUUUCUUCUUUAAGACAUUCUCCGCAUGCUCUGGUUUCCUUUCCAUGUACCUGUAGGUGUGUUGGGUGUGACUAAUAUUGGAAUGAUUUGACUAAAGGUUGACUAGCCGUUGUGUACUUCUAAUGACCCCUUCCUAUGGUACAUUACUGACUUUGUCACUGGCUCUGCUUUUGUUUUUUAAUAUCUACACAUACCUGUAUUGGAACCUCUGAUAAGAUGAACCCCAUGGGAAACCGCAAGGUUUGGUUUUCUGAAA